CCGAUAAAAAGCUGGCAGCACUCGCUUGUAUAUUUGCAAACUUCACAGCACUAAAACAAUGGCAGCGGUGUAUUUACGUAAAGGUUUUUUUACUCUGCCCCAAACUUUGGCAGCCAGUCGGCAGAGAUGCUAUGCCACCGCUAAGCAAACAAGGACCAAUACACUAGCAGCUGUGGCGGAAUCGAUCUCUGCCAAGGGUUUUCUGCGACCACACAAGCCUUAUGCGCCGGGUAACGAUGCCGCAGAGCGUGUGCGUGCCGUGGCCGCCCAGCUGCAAAUGACCAACGGCGGCGAUCAACGAAAAUUAACAGAUUUGGGCGAGAAAUUCAAGUUUCUGGCUGCUUGUUUUGAGGAAUUGCAGCAUGGAGUACCCAAUUCCCAGGUUCACGAUCUUAACACAGUGGCCGAUGUCAUUGCAUUCUAUCAGCAAACGGUGGACACCACUGUGCCAUUGGAUGCACUGAAGCGCAUUGAGCUGCCCGAGAAUUUGCACAUACAAUAUGAAUAUUUGAGGUUCAAUCCGGAAACCGAUACAAAAUUCAAUGGAAAAACCGCUUUUCCCAAGAGUUCAACUUUGGUUACGGGUCUCAAAUAUCGCCGUAAAUAUGAGGGUCAUGAGGCCAAGCGUUCCUGGCCGUAGUUUUAUUUUCUAAUCCUAUAUAUAAAUAUAAAUAAAAUGUGUUAUUCUAAAA